AUGACGCCACAAACACCGCCACCCACAAGCGAUAGAGUAGCGGCUACUGGUGGUGGUGGUGAUGCUGCUUCUGUUGCUGCUCGCCUAGUUCGAGACGAUCCCGAGAAGAAUCCAAACUCGCUCCACGACUUCCACACAGUAAAACGAGGGCCCAAGAACGUCCCAGCAGUCGUGAUGCCCACCCCCACGUCAAGCACUGAGGAAAGAAAACGCCCCAAGAAUCCAGGGCACUCCUACGCGCACACGGAACAUGUAAGGUUCGACUACUUCAAUCAGCGGGCUUCGAAUGCCCCCUUCGGAUACGAGCACUUCGUCUCGCUCCCUCCGUCAUACGCCGAAGACUCGGCCAAGGCGUGGCCAUUGGUUCUCUUCCUGCACGGCGCCGGAGAGUCUCAGCGCGGUAGGUAA